AUGGUCGCCAACCCAUUGGUGCAACUGUCCGCCAAUGUGCAGAAAUUCAAGUUUUGCUCCGACGGCGACUGCCCUUUAUGGGCCCUGGCUGGUCUCCAUGCCCUCAGCAGCCUCCCUGCUCCUCUCUUCAGGACCCUGGUGCAGCAUGUUAUGGAGGAACAGCCGGAUGAUGGAAUCAUGGAAAUACUAAAAGACACAAGUUUAUGUUCCCGCGACGAAUCCGCGCGAGCAGCGGCGGUCAUCCGCUGGGUGGUGGAGCAGGCGCUGUCGUGCUCGUGCGCGCACGCGCAGCUCUCGCGCGACCUGCUCGUGCUCGGCGUCCCGCGCGCGCUCGCCGCCGCGCUCGCGGACGCGGCCGACGCUAGGAGAGACGCCGCUCAUAGCCACGCCAGGAAUAACGGCUUCAUGGUGAACAAAAUAACUGAUGUGGCCGCGACAUCGGGGCCCGAGGGCACAGUGGACACGUACAAACUGUCCCUGUUCACUGAUGACGUGUUCACCGGGGAGCAGAAGAAGCAAGACCUUCUCAUUGAGAAGACUCAGGCUACCGAACUGCUGAAGGAAUUGAAGAAAGCGUAUAAGAGAAUGGAGGAUGUAGAUGAUUAGAGUCGGGGUUUAGGGUCAGCGAACGCCAAGAGCUCACAACAUUUGUUCGUCAUUGUAAAUGAUUUCUACUAAUUAUAAAGUACUAGCUUUUGCCCGCGGCUUCGCACGCGUGAACUUCAGUUCUUGAAAGGAGUCAAAGCUAAAAUCUUAUUAAUUAUUAUUGUUACCAACUUCAACAAAUUUAAAUUCAAAAUUUCAUAUGUCUCGCUUCAAAAAUGACGAAGUUUCAUACAAACUGGCAACUCCUAUUUAAUCCCCUUAGGAAUGGAAUUUCGAAAUAUCCUUUCUUAGCGGACGUCUCCUAGUCUCAAUCUACCUUCCUGCCAAAUUUCAUCUUCAUGAACUCGAGUAGUUCGAGAUUUCGUGAUAUCGGCAACAUUGAGUGAAAGGGACACACAAAGACAAAGUGAGUCGUGCUGAGUAUUGGCUUGUUGUCCCGAAUCAGGGCUCGUAACCGAUAUAUAUGUACCGAAUUAAAUAACGGCCUAAACAAGUUAUUUAUUGCUCCGCUCCGAGCGAAACUCUUUGCAAGCAUUUAUUUUUCUGGGUUUAUUCAAACAAGGGCAAGACAUGGACAUCGUUAUGUUUUUUAGGGUUCCCUAGACCUAAACCAUAAACCGUUCGUAAAUUAUUAAGCUUUAAAGUGUAGUAAAAUAAUAUUGAUUGGAUCAAUAGUCUACACGAUACUAUCGAUUAUAUUGUUCGUUAUCAAUAGUGGUAGCUAGUAUAAAACAUUUGUAUACAAUGUAUGGAAAGAAAUAGCAAUUGUAUAAAGACAUAUAUUU